AUGGACUCGCAGACUGAGUACCUUUUAUCGCUCCGGGCAAUUCGAGAGCGUGCCAAAAUCGUGGCCGAUGCAACACAUGCUGGAGAGCUGAGCCAUUUCGACUUUCACGAAGAUCUGCUGGGCGACGUUGCCGACUUUGUGACUUCGGUGAUUAAGUUUCCUGACAUGGUUUCCUCUUUUCAGCGCGACUACGGUCCUGACAAAUUUGACACAAUUCCUCCACAUGGCCGAUGGCAGCAUUUUGACUUGGGCAACGUGCCACGCAUCACAGCCUUGAUCCGAGAUUGGAAAGUAGAUGCUGCUAAAUGUGACAAUUAUGAAGUUACGCGCCGUCUUGUUGAUUUGUUUUUUGUCUCUGUGCUUUUGGACGCUGGUGCCGGCGACCACUGGCGUUAUAUUGAGCCUAGUACGGAGCGAGAAUACGAACGAAGUGAAGGCAUCGCAGUGGCUAGCUUGUACAUGUUCCAGUCACUGGCCUUUGCUUAUACUGAGCACGAAUCUGACAAGGUGCCAUUGGUCAAUGGUAAAUUGCUCAUUGAACGCAAGGGCUUGGAGCAACUGAGGACGGAUGUGUUAGAGCAAGGAUUUCAAGUUUCGGACAGCAAUUCGAUGCUCGGGAUUGCCUCGCGGGGAGACCUGCUUCGAAGCCUAGGAAGAUCUUUACUCGCUCAUCCUGAUAUCUUUGGGAAUGAAGGUCGCCCAGGAAAUCUUGUUGAUUAUAUGAUAAAAACGGCCGGCGGCUCUUCGGAGCUGGAUAUUAUAACUCUGUGGGAUACCCUUCAGACUUUACUAAUACCAAUCUGGCCGAAGGAUCGCAUAACUAUUGCUGGAAAGGCCAUUGGAGAUGCAUGGCCUCUCCAAGUCCUACAACGCAAGGCAUGCUCUAGUCAUAAUCUAACAGAUAGUAUUCAACCUUUCCACAAAUUAACACAGUGGCUUACAUACUCCUUAAUGGUGCCAUUCCAGCGAAUUUUGGGAUUGCAAUGGGUGAACGCUGAGUCACUGACGGCCUUGGCUGAGUACCGUAACGGUGGACUGUUUGUGGAUUUGGGGGUUUUGCAGCUUAAAAAAGAAGCACUCAAUCGAGGCCUAAAGGAAUCCGGUGGCUUAUUACCGAUGUUCGAGGCAGGAGAUGAUGUUAUUGUUGAGUGGCGGGCGGUUACUCUUGCCUUAAUCGACGAGUUGUACAAGAUGGUCUUAUCUCGUAUGGAUGGAGUUCACUUGACCAUGGCACAACUCCUUGAAGCUGGGUCGUGGAAGUCUGGUCGUGAGGUUGCAGCAAAGCAUCGUCCGGAGACAAAAUCGAGUCCGAUCCUUAUAAAAAGCGACGGGACAGUGUUUUGA